AUGGCGGCAAAUUUGGAAGCCAAAUCCCUCUCGUCGCUCAAUUUCCUGGCGGCAAACCCACCCCAGUAUCCCGUGAACCCGACUGAGCAACCUCGCGAAUCCCUGGUACUGUACAUAUCGCGGGUCCCGGGGACCCGAGACAUCAUACUCUCGACGUUUAAGCCGCAGGUCAAGAAUGUCACGGCAGCAGACGUCACCAACUCUCUUUACUAUGUCCACUUGGAUCUACCGUCCGACGAGCUACUUGUGCCUCCAGCCCCCACCAGAGACGAACGGUCAAGCAGCGACAGUGCACCGAGCGCGAUCCCAAGGAAGCCUCUGCCGCCCACAGCCAAGGUCUCCAAGCUCGCCAGCGAUACUUCAGAGACAGGGGGGCCGAAGCCGCCCCUCGAAAGGCCCCCAUCACCUGCCUACAACUCUACGGGCGAGCAGAGAUCUCCCGAACCCCCGCGCCACGGUUCCCAGCUCUCUCCACGCCCACCUACACAAUAUCCAUCACCACUCCCCUCACCCGUGACCCGGAAGCCCCUCGGGCCUCGGCCCCUACCCACGGGCGCAUCUCCCGUGCCGAACAAAGACCGCCCGUCAACGCCAAACUCGCAGCCCUUCAAAACCGACUACGACCUUACCCGGCCUCCCGAACUUGGCACCUUCCCCAGCCUCGACAACGCAACCCGGAUGCCUCCCCACUCCCACCACCCCCCUGCCAGCCGUUCCCCCUCUCCGAGCAAGUCCCGUGGCCGGGGGCCGUCCUUUGUGCCCUUCUCCCUGACACUCAUACGCCGCGACCCGGUCUCGGGCAACCAAUGGAACGUCGGCAAGGUGUCGUCCUUACAGACCGCCGCCGCCGCCGCCGCCGCCUCGGCCCUUCCCCCCACCGAGACCGCCGACCCGGUGGACGGCCAGCCCAAGAUCGACGUCCGCCUCGACAACUCGGGCUACGCCAAGUUCAGGGGGAUGCCGACGCAGGCGAGCAUCGACGCCCUGCGAUCCACGAGCGCGAUCUCGCUACCGCCGCCGCCGCCGCGCCCCGACGAUCCCCCGAAGACAGACCGUAUGGUCGAGCACGGCUUCGCCAGACAGGUGGUCAUGAGCUACUCCAAGAGCUGGACCACCAACCUCAAGCACACCUUCCACAGGCGCGACCGCCCGCGCAGCAGCGUCCCCGGCCCGGACGCCCACCACCCACCCGACGACCUGCCGCUGCCCCCGCCGCCGGGCGCGCACCAUCACCACUCGCGCCACGGCAGCGCCGCGUCCGCGACCUCGGUGGAGUCGUGGGCGUCGGGGGCCGGCGUGGGCACCGCAGCCGACGACGAUGCCGGGGGAGGCGCUUCGCCGCCGCAACCGCUCGUCACGCGGCCCGGCCCGGGCCUCAAGGCUAAGGGCUACGUGUUCGCGAGCCCCUGGGACGGCCGGUGCGAGUUCCGGACCGGAAACGCGGGGAGGAGCCUCAAGUGCCGGCACGUGCUGCUGCACCCCGGCGGAGCGAACGGUGGCGGCUCGGGUCUCGGCGGCGGAGGUGGGGGGGUAGGUAGUGGUGGGAUGGGACACGAGGGAGGGUCGGGGGCGAGGCCGGUCAGUGAGCUGCGGUUUAACUUGCCGAGCGGGGAUUUGUUUUCGUCCGCCGGGGACGGUUCUCAUUCGAGGCAUCUGCAUGAUCAGUUUGAUGGGCUGUUGAAGCAGCUGGGUCACAGGCAUCGGGAUGGUGUCGACGAGGACGAGGGUGAUCCCCUGGACCUGACUCUGGGGCGUGAGAAGGCUGGGGGAGGGAAUCGGGGGAAGAGAGCGAAACUUGGGAAACUGAUUAUCCAUGACGAGGGGCUGAAGAUGAUGGAUCUGGUCGUUGCUGCCAACGUGGGGGUGUGCGCCGCCACGAUGCUGUGCGCCCGCCCGCUGGCCCGGACUGCCGUCCUCGCGCGCGCGGCGCCGUCCGCGUAUGCCGCCACCUCCUCCGUCUGGGGUAUCAACAGCAGGAGGGGCUACGCCACGCCGUCGGGCCCGCCGCCGAGGGGGUUCCGGCUCAGGCCGCAGCCCGAGUGGGAUCAGGAGAAGGAGAGCACCGUCGACAGGGUCGGAAAGUACUUCUUGCUCUCCGAGAUGGCCCGCGGCAUGUACGUGCUCAUGGAGCAGUUCUUCCGCCCGCCGUACACUAUCUACUACCCAUUCGAGAAGGGACCAAUCUCUCCCCGAUUCCGUGGUGAACACGCUCUCCGACGAUACCCCUCUGGCGAGGAGCGAUGCAUCGCCUGCAAGCUGUGCGAAGCGAUCUGCCCUGCCCAGGCAAUUACCAUCGAGGCCGAAGAGCGAUCCGACGGCUCCCGACGAACCACCCGCUACGAUAUCGACAUGACCAAGUGCAUCUACUGCGGCUUCUGCCAGGAAUCUUGCCCCGUGGACGCCAUUGUCGAGUCACCCAAUGCGGAAUAUGCUACCGAGACUCGUGAGGAAUUGCUGUACAACAAGGAGAAACUGCUCGCCAAUGGAGACAAGUGGGAGCCCGAGUUGGCAGCAGCCAUCAGGGCAGAUGCGCCAUACAGGUAA